UAUUUUUGGUCCUCUGAUGAAAACAACGCAUGACAAACCUCUUUUGCUUUUCCUUCAAAGCAUAAAAAGAAUCAUACUUUUUUCUUCUUUUUGUUUGUUUCUGUUUAUAGAUUUGUCUUUCUGAAUCUAAAUUGUAGAAUAUAAACCAAUUCCCAGGUUUCUUUUUUGGAUUUUGAAUCCUACCACAAACCCAAAUUGUAACUUUUGUUAAAUGACUAAAGUAUUUGCAGGUUUUUGAGAUUUAGACUUAGACCACAAGUUUUAGAGCUGAAAUGGACAAUUCACCAAGUUAUGAUGAACACUAUGAUCUGGGUUACCAGCCUUCACCUUCUUCUGUGGACCAAACUGAUCAUUCGCUCGCAGAAACUUCAACAAGUGGCGAUUCUUUUAUGUACCGCCGGACAAAUUCAGAGACCUCGGCUUUCUCUGAGUCUCUGGAUGACAGCAGCUACUCUGGUGAAGCUUCUCCCUGGUUCUGCCCAAAUGUAAAAUCCAACCGGGCGUCUCUUACCAGACUUGGAAUGAAGCAGCAUAACAAGAAUGCCUCUGAUGAAACGCUUCAAGAUGACGACGCAGUUGAUUCAGAGCUUGAGAUGAUGAAAGAACGAUUUGCAAAGCUCUUGUUGGGUGAAGACAUGUCAGGAAGUGGGAAAGGUGUAUGCACCGCGGUCACAAUAUCAAAUUCGAUAACCAACCUCUACGCCACUGUGUUUGGACAAAACUUGAGGCUGGAGCCACUGAAUCCUGAGAAGAAAGCCAUGUGGAAGAGGGAGAUGAACUGUCUUCUGUCGGUCUGUGAUUACAUCGUAGAACUUAUCCCCAUAUCACAAAACUUACAAGAUGGGACAGAAGUGGAGUUCAUGAAAAGCAGGCCAAGAUCUGAUCUUUAUAUCAACCUUCCAGCUUUGCAAAAGCUUGACGCAAUGCUUAUUGAAGUACUUGAUAGUUUCCAGGAUACAGAAUUCUGGUAUGCAGAAAAAGGGAGCAUUUCAUCAAAUUCAACGCGUACAGGAUCAUUUCGAAGGGUGGUUGUUCAGCGGAAUGAGGAGAAAUGGUGGUUGCCGGUUCCAUGUGUUCCUCCGGGAGGCCUCUCUGAGAAGGCAAGGAAACAUUUGAAACACAAACGUGACAGUUCUAAUCAAAUCCACAAAGCAGCCAUGGCAAUCAAUAGUAGUAUUCUUGCUGAGAUGGAAAUCCCAGACUCAUACAUGUCAACUCUUCCAAAGAGUGGAAGAGCUUGUCUUGGAGACUCCAUAUACCGCUACAUGUGCACCACAGACAAGUUCUCUCCAGACCACCUUCUGGACUGCCUUAACAUAGCAACUGAACACGAAGCACUUGAUCUUGCAGACAGGGUCGAAGCUUCGAUGUACACGUGGAGACGUAAAGCGUGCAUGAGCAACUCAAAAUCUUCAUGGAUCAUGGUAAAAGAUCUAAUGUCUGAAACAGACCGGAACGACAAGAAUCAUGUUUUGGCGGAGAGAGCCGAGUGUUUGCUGUUGUGUUUGAAGCAGAGAUAUCCUGAGCUCUCUCAGACAUCCUUGGAUACUUGCAAAAUCCAAUGCAAUAAGGAUGUGGGGCAAUCAGUACUGGAGAGCUACUCAAGAGUGUUGGAGAGUUCGGCAUUCAACAUUGUUGCUUGGAUUGACGACGUAAUUUGUGUCGAGAGAUCCGCGAGAAACCAAGACAAAUAGAGAGACUCCGAUGCAAUCGAGUUCAACCAUUCUUGUCAAAUCUACCCGCUUGAUUACACGAAUUUUGAAACAAUUUAACUUGGGCCGCUUAUUUACUUGUAUUUUAAGCUAAUUUUUAGUACUCGGCCAUGAAUCUGUACAUUGGCAUCCAGUAAAACAAAUCAAACAAAUUUU